GAACAACUCCCAGUCCGAGUGAUUUCAGCUGAGCUGCUGCGCUCCUGCAUAAUUCCUCCUUGUGCCAACUCUUCCUCAAGCCACAUUUAAGAGUAUAUUGUUACAUCCUCUUCACCCUUCAAGUAACCUCUGUCAUCCGGCCUCCCACCCACGAAAUUCGCCUUGCCUCUUUCUCUGCCUCCCACUCAGCCUCACGCUACCCCGCAAUCUGGGUGAGAUAUCACCACAACCCUUUGCAAUCGACAGGCACAAGAAGCGAACGUUGGGCAUUAUUUUACUAGUCGGCGAGGCCUCUCUGCAGUGUGAGGAAAUUCUGCUGUUGUCUUUCAGCAGCUGAAGGCCACUGCCACGCGACUCGCAACACAAACGGAAGAAGUUGCAUAGUCGGUGCCCGACCAAACCGCCGCCAUGAGCUUGAACGCUAUGUUGAACAAGCUCCAAGGGCAACCCGACAGCUACGAUAAGAAGUCACAAUACCGAUUCGGAAAAACACUCGGUGCAGGGACAUACGGCAUUGUACGAGAGGCAGAAUGUGGUGGAGACAAAUGCGCAGUCAAGAUCAUUCUCAAGAAGAGCGUUAAGGGCAAUGAACAAAUGGUCUACGAUGAAUUGAAGAUGCUGCAGACACUCAGCCACCCUCACAUUGUCAAAUUUGUAGACUGGUUUGAAUCAAGAGACAAGUUCUACAUCGUCACCCAGCUGGCAACAGGCGGCGAGCUCUUCGAUCGGAUCUGCGAUAAGGGAAAAUUUACCGAGAAAGAUGCUUCGCAGACCAUCAGACAGGUACUCGAGGCAGUCGAUUAUCUUCACGGAAAGAAUAUUGUUCACCGCGAUCUCAAGCCGGAAAAUCUUCUCUACUUGACCAGAGACCCCAAUUCCCAGUUGGUUCUUGCUGACUUUGGAAUCGCAAAAACGCUCGAUAGCCCUAGUGCUGUCCUGACCUCGAUGGCGGGCUCAUUUGGGUACGCUGCCCCAGAGGUCAUGUUGAAACAGGGUCACGGCAAGGCUGUCGAUAUGUGGUCUCUGGGUGUCAUCACAUACACCCUCCUCUGCGGAUACUCACCUUUCCGAUCUGAGAAUUUGGCUGAUUUGGUGGAGGAAUGUAAGAGUGGUCGUAUUAUCUUCCACGAAAGAUACUGGAAAGAUGUCAGCAAAGAUGCCAAGGAGUUUAUCAUGAAUCUCCUGCAACCAGACCCUACAAGACGUUCCACUAGCUCAGAAGCACUCAAGCACAUCUGGUUGACAGGCGAGACUGCUUCGGAGCACGAUCUCUUGCCAGAAAUCAGAUCGUACUUGGCGAAGAUGAAGCUGAAGCGUGGAAUCGAGCUGGUCAAACUCGCCAAUCGCAUCGAUGCGCUCAAGUUACAGGAGGACGAUGCUACCGACAGUUCCGAUGCGAAUGACAUCCCAGCGAACGCACAAAAUGCUGCUGGGUUGGCGGUAAAAAAUCAAACUAGAGGUGUGUCUCCCGGCCGUGGUCUAUCUACGAACGAAGCUACUGAGAAGAGGUCGUUGAGCAAAGCGGCCAAGGGUGCCAUCUUCAAAGAAGUGGUACUGGCCAAGGUCAGAGAGAUGAAAGACAAGGAGAAGACGGACAAAUUGGUUGCCGAGGUCACGAAGGAGCACGAACGUAGGAAGAGCUUCACCGGACAAAGAUGAGAUGGUUGUUGGAAUCGAGUCGACCUGCAAUGGAACUGGAAAGAAAUGCGUGCUGAAGUUCAAGAGGCAGAAGGCUUUACGACAAAAAGGAGAAUUGACAAAAUUGACUUGGUACUCCGGUACUACUAACGCAGAUUACGAUACCCUAAGUGAAGAUGGGAAAUGGAAUGCCGGCGGUUGCUGAUUUUUGUGUGCUUGGGUCGAAUAUUCUCCUGCAGGCAUGAUGAGAUGUCUCUUUCUCUCUCUCUCUCAAAUCGUAGCUAGCUUUGGUGAAAGGGAAUUCUGGGACUGCUGCCGCUUACGCUUGUAUGCGAGAAUGGGAUCAAUAUUCAUAAGACAAUCAUGACUAGCAGGGACUGGUCGUCAUUGUUGUCGUCAAGGUCCUAUUUUUCUGUUGGGCGCUCCGAAUCAAAACACUAUCUUUCAUCAUGAAACGUCAUGGA